GCAGCGGGUUGCUUUGAAUGAAGAAAGGGAGGGAUUUGCUCCAAACCCUCCGAAGAAGCCUCUUCCUGUUCACUCAGCGAAACGCUAUGGACGCACCGUCGGAGCGUUACUGCUACAAGCCCACCUUGCGAUGGAACCCUCAGGUGGAAGAAUACUUCGGCAAAGCAUAUGGAGCCGAUCAUUUCUCUCGCAUUUCCGAAGCCCUCACGCGUCCAUCUUGUUACUCGUGUAUUCGUGUGAAUAUGCUCAAGUCGACUAGUGAUGCUGUUAUUGAGAAGCUACUGGCAAUUCUACAGGAGUCCGGGAAAGAUAGUGCUAUUUGUGACAUUAUACAAAGUGAUUUUAUGGGCCUGGAGAAGAACACUUUUGUUAAAGAAUCUAAUACUCUACCAUACUACUCAUACAACCUUGACAAAGUAGCUUCGGAAGUUCCUGGAAGUGCACAAAGUGGUCCUGUUUCUAAAUGCCAAUUACCUGGGCUAGAUUAUGUUGUGCUUGUCAAGGGUUCAGGACCACACACUAUAAAAUAUGAUUAUUCACAAUACAAACCCCCAAAGGAGGUAAUUGUUAGCCGAAAAUGUGCUGAGGCUGUUCUUCGUGGUGCCCAGGUAUAUGUUCCUGGUGUAUUGGCUUGCAGUUCACAUGUUGAAAAGGGUGAUCUAGUUGCAGUAUCAGUUGCUGUGGAGCAGCCUGGUCAGGAUGGCAGAUGGGGCUUCGGUAUAACACGUGGGACUGUUCUACAGGGGUCACAGACAGAUCCUUAUUUUUCUCAAAGAAAGGGACUGUACAUUGGCCAAGGAACCGCAAUGAUGUCUAGAGCUGGGAUGUUUCGUGUUUCAGAAGGAAUUUCCGUGGAUAUGAAUAAUAGAGUAUUCAAGUUACCUUCCUUUCAUGAUGUUCUUGAGGGGGAAAUAUUUCUCCAAAAUCUGCCAAGCAUUAUUACAGCGCAUGCCCUUGAUCCUCAACAGGGGGAGAGAAUAUUGGAUAUGUGUGCAGCUCCAGGAGGGAAAACAACUGCAAUUGCGAUGCUUAUGAAGGACACCGGAGAGGUUGUUGCAGCUGAUAGAUCUCACAAUAAGGUUCUUGAUAUCCAGAAAUUGGCCACUGAAAUGGGCUUGAAUUGUAUAAACACAUACAAAUUAGAUGCUCUUAGAGCUGUUCGUCAAAGAACUGAAUCCAGUGAUAUGUACACGACAUCAUCUGUUGCCGUAGAAGGGUCAGAAAUUGAUUCGAACAGAAACGAAAACUUUAGCAAUAGGCAAGCAACACAUGCGACUUGUGCUAGCAAAGCUGACCUCCAAAAGUGUACCCGGAGGCUGAGAAAUGGGCCUGGAAGAAAUAAUUGCUUGGGUGGUAGGGUGGAAAAAUCAGAAGGUUUUUCUCCAAAUAGCUUCGAUCGAGUGCUCCUUGAUGCUCCAUGUUCUGCACUUGGAUUAAGACCCCGACUAUUUGCUGGGGAGGAAACAAUAGAAUCAUUGAGGAACCAUGCAAAGUACCAGAGGAGAAUGUUUGACCAGGCUGUUCAGUUAGUUCGCCCGGGUGGAGUUAUAGUUUACUCCACGUGUACAAUCAACCCUGGUGAGAAUGAAGCACUUGUGCGAUAUGCUUUAGAUGCAUAUAAUUUUCUUUCUCUGCAAUCACAGCAUCCGAAAAUUGGAGGACCUGGCCUUGUUGGAUGCUGUGAGCUGUCUGAUGGAUCCAUCGAGGAAUGGUUAAGACCAGGUGAGGAAGAUCUUGUUCAGAGAUUUGAUCCGUCUUCUCCACUUGAUACAAUUGGCUUCUUCAUAGCCAAGUUCAAUGUUGGCCCCAAAGAUGCCUGAUUUCUUUCAAAGAAUAUGCAACUUGCAAGGAUGCAGCAGCUCUUUGGUGUCAGAUUUUAUGCUUUCGGGAGGAUCUUUCAGAAUAUUGUCACAGCAUAUCCUAAGGUGAUGAGUUCAUGACUUGGGUAUUUUAAGGUGCAUCUUCGGUAUUCAAAAUUUUCAAGACUAAUUCUGGUUGAUUAUAAUUAUACCUAGUUGUACUGGUCAAAUAUUUUUAGCAGUCUUUGCAUGUAACUUGAUAUUGUGGGAUGCUCAUUACAGUGAGAGUAGGCAUUUGCUUUUGGUUUAGAAGGUCCUUCACUAUAUGUCAAGCUGUCAACAUUAUGUCCAACCCCCUGCCCUUGGUCUAGGUGCCGGUAUGAUCUUUUUUCUGAGUAGUUCAACUCUGCCAUUUAUUAUAUAAUUAAACACUGUAUGUUUCCU